AUGCUAUUAUCAAUUUCAUUAGAAAGACAUAUUAUUAAAUCUUCUGAGAAACUUGGUAAAAGUAAUGUUAAAGUUUUUUGUAAAGCAUGUGUUGAAGUAUUAGGUGAGAAAAUGGGUAAAAACAAUAGUUUUCCCAACAAAAUAGAUAGAAUCAUUCAGUAUCUAAAAAAAUAUGCACAUUUUGUAGAGAAAAUGACACCCGAAGAAAGAGAUGAAAUAUUUGCUUUGUCUAAUAAUAAAGGGAUCUCAAAUGAAAAAAGACUAG